UCACCGCACGGUUUCCCGCGAUUAUUUACCGGAAGUCCUAAAUUUUCGACAACCACAAGUUGACAAACAAACAUAUUGCCUGCUACAGCCUACAGCCUGAAGAUAAAAAGAUAUUCUAUAGAGAUGGUGAAGACUUCUAAUACGCACAUAUUUCUACAGGAUGAUGCUAACAAGUUACUACAUAACAAAUUCAUUGUUAUCAUCGGGGAUUCAAUCCAGAGAGGUAUUUAUAAGGACCUGGUUUUAUUGCUACAGAAAAACAAGUACUUGAGGGAAACUGACUUAAGGAAGAAGGGAGAAUUUUCCUUCAUUGGUGACCAAUUAAUUGAGGGUGGACAGAAAGGUGUAAUGACAAAUGGGAAGAACUACAGAGAGAUCAGACAAUACCAGACAGAUUAUAACCUGAUCAGAUUCUACUUUGUCACACGUUGUUACAACACCUAUAUUGAAUCCAUUCUUUCAGAUCUGUCUGAAGACCCAAAACCUGAUGUUGUCAUUAUGAACUCUUGUCUGUGGGAUAUCACAAGAUAUGGUAAAGCAAGUGUUGAAAUGUACAAGGAAAACUUAGAUAAACUAUAUCAGAGAUUCAAAGAAUGUCUUCCAGAAGAAUGUUUAGUAUUAUGGAAUGCUACUUUACCUAUAAGUAAAGAUGCUAGAGGAGGCUUCAUUAUUCCAGAGAUUGAAUUUAUGAACUCGACAUUAAGACUGGACAUUUUAGAGGCUAAUUUUUAUGCUCGACAGAUAAUAUCUUCUAAUGGAUAUGACUUUUUAGAUCUUCAUUACUAUCUCCGUGGUCAGCUUCAACGCAGAGUUGGGGACGGUAUCCACUGGGACAUGACAGCUCAUCGUAGAAUCACAAAUCUCAUCCUGACUCAUUUAGCAGAUGCAUGGGGAGAGAAUGCACCAGAAUCCGUUAAAAGAAUGUUACCUCUGUUACCCCCUCCUGUAAACAGAUUCAACCAUUCCAUGGGAGAUAAUCUCAGCAGACGGCCACCUGUUGCUGCUGUCUCCCCAAUAAACUUUGGUGUAUCGAGGACAUUGAUCAAUGAGAGUUGUAGACAGAGACCUAUUAGGGACUUUAAUAUUACUAGAUCUGUCAUAAACAACAACAAUACCUCAGGUUACCAAUGGCAACCAUAUGCAAAUGAUGACUUUCAUCCAACAAAUGGUAUGAACAGGAACCGAUCACGAUUACGAGAUCAACCAUACCACACUCCAUUUGAAUGUUUUCAACAACCUUUCAUGUUUAACCGUUAAGCUUGAAAGUUGUCAAGAUACAUGUUGUGUGUGUCAGUGUCUAAACUAAUGAUUAUUUGUUAAUGUUGUUAGUUUGAUUGAGUAUGUUGUAUAUAGUGCUUGUGUUUUGGGAUAAGAAUAUUUAGUGCUGUGUAAAACUUUCUCUUAUUAAAAAAAAAACCUUAAAAAUUUAAGACUCCAGAUCCAGAUUAAGUGAAAUCUUUUUGAAAUAACAUCAAUACAAACGAAAACAAUUAUAGUUCUUAAUUAACAGCCCUUUAAACCCACAAUAUACAGUGCUCAUAUUUAGAUAUAGACUGUAGAUAGUAGAUUUAGAUUCUAAAAUGAUGAGUGACAAAUUUCUAUUAGAUUUCUAAAGAUAAGUAGAAGUUAGAAAUCAAUGUUGUUUCUAAAUAUAUAUUUGUAUACCCAACAUUCUCAAUCAUCUAUUUAAUUUGAGCAUGUUUUCAUCAUGUUUUUUACUUCCGUCAAGUGUUGUUAUAAAUGCUUUCAUUGAAAGCAUCCCUUGCAAAUGAUGUUUUCAUUGGUAUUGAAAAUAUAACAGAUCCUACUUGAUAUGCAUUAUUAAUUUGAAUUGAGUGUUCUGAUAUAAACCAUUGCUCUAUUUUUUUAACCAUUGCUCUCUAUUUUUUUUUAUCCAAUACAAUAUGUUACUGUUUUCCUGUUUUAUUUUUAUACAUACUUUAUGUAAGUUUAAUUUUUGUAUAAAAUUUCAAAAUUAUUAUGGAAAUUUCGAUUUUGACAAAAAUAUAAUAUAGGUUUUUUAUCCAAAUGUGUUGAUACAUUACCUUGAAAAGGAGCUAAUUUUAUGAUGGUGCUAUCAUUUAUCCAUUUUUAACAUGUUUAACAUAUAUAUUUAAAGAAUCAAGAAGCAAAAUUGUGUAAUUGAAGUUGUUGUUUUUAUUUUUAUGUAAAUUACAAACAAGAUUAAAUUAUCAGAUACUAAAUACACCUUUUUUUGAAUGAAAAAAUUAAGUCAUGUGACAUCAGAACAUUUUUAAAGAAUUUCAGUGUCCUUGGACUUAUUUGGAAAACGCUAAAAACAUCAAAACAUUGCAUUUACAGAAACAUGUAUAAUAAUUCUUUUCUAUUGUGUGGAAUGUUUUAGCAAAUUAUAUUUUCAUUAAGUUUUUCUGAUGAUUUUCACUUGUAAAACUUCGGGGUCAACCAUUUUCCAAAGUGUACAAAUUAUACACUUUUUCAGACCCACCACCCUUUUCAGAUUUUAAGAUUAAUCAUUCUUCUAAAGUCUAUUAAAGUUGAUACAGAAAUUUGCAUUGAAAAUAACAUGAAUUACAUCUGACUAUUUACUUGAUGACAUCAAUGUGUGAACCCUGUGAAAAUGAAAAAAAUUGAAAAAAGAAAAAAAAAGCGUACUGUAAAAAUGUUGAUUUUUUACCCCUCUCCCUUUAAGUGUGUUUUGUACACUUCGAAAAUGGUUGACAAUUAUUGAUGACCCCUUACUUGAAAUUCAUUUGUAACAGUAAAGGUAAGUAAGUGGCCAGUUUGAUCAUUUGUUGUUCACUUCUUAUUAUGUUAUAGUUACAAUUGUACAUAUAUUUGUUUUCUUAUAUAAAGCUAACUAAAGUUA